GGAGUUGUAGUCCCGACCUCAGCGAGCAGACAUGGCGGCCUGCAUGGCGGGAGGCUGCAGGGCCGCAGUGGGCCCGGCCGGGAGUUUUCGAGCCGCUAGGGCGCUGCUCCCCGCGCCGGCCUCCGUUGUCUGCCGGGUCCGUGCGGGGUCCGGCCGCCAGCAGAGCACUGGGCCUUCCGAGCCUGGAGCGUUCCAGCCGCCCCCGAAACCGGUUAUCGUGGACAAGCGUCGCCUCCCGGGCCAGGAAAGCAGGUUUUUGAGUCCUGAAUUCAUUCCUCCAAGGGGAAGAACAAAUCCUCUGAAAUUUCAACUAGAAAGAAAGGAUAUGUUAGAAAGGAGAAAAGUACUUCAUAUUCCAGAGUUCUAUGUUGGAAGCAUACUUCGUGUUACUACAGCUGACCCAUAUGCCAGUGGAAAAACCAGCCAAUUUCUGGGGAUUUGUAUCCAGAGAUCAGGAAGAGGCCUGGGAGCUACUUUUGUCCUUAGGAAUAUUAUUGAAGGACAAGGUGUUGAGAUUUGCUUUGAACUUUAUAAUCCUCGAGUUCAGGAGAUCCAAGUGGUCAAAUUAGAGAAACGGCUGGAUGACAAUUUGAUGUACUUAAGAGAUGCCCUUCCUGAAUAUAGCACUUUUGAUGUGAAUAUGAAGCCAGUAUCACGAGAACCUGGUGAAGAAGUUCCUGUUAAUAAGCUGAAAGUAAAAAUGAAACCUAGGCCCUGGUCCAAACGCUGGGAACGUCCAAAUUUUAAUAUUAAAGGAAUCAGAUUUGAUCUUUAUUUAACUGAAGAACAAAUGAAAGAAGCUCAGAAGUGGAGUCAGCCGUGGCUUGAGUUUGAUAUGAUGAGGGAAUAUGACACUUCAAAAAUUGAAGCUGCAAUAUGGGAUGAAAUUGAAGCAUCAAAAAACUCCUGAUUUGAAAAUAACUUUGGUUCCCUGCAGAGGAUAGAUAUAUUGACUCCCAGAGGAUUUAUUUUGAGACCAAUUUAAUUUCAUUUAUAAGAACACAGUCAUUAAAUGAACUAAGCAUUCAUUGUUUUAUUAGUACUUUUUAAAAAAAUAACAUUUGCGUACCAGUUUAUUACUCUAAAAAGAGAAAUAUACAUGCCAGAUGGUCUGAUGUCCAUUCCCUCACUGGAGGCAAAGCUACUGUAAAAGUCAAAGCAUCACCAGAAUCUUCCUCAUUCAACAUGGAAUCUGAGCAAGGAGAGCGGUUCUUUAAAUUAUGGAAUUGUAAAUACAGAACAAUAUGUGAUUUGAAGAAUAAUAAAAUGAACAUUCAUGCACCCA